GUGCUAGCGUUGCAAUACUUUCAAUCGCGUAGGCUUCAGCCGAGUUCGAACUUGACGACCCGGGUAACUCCAAACCCCUCCGUAUGUUAAACGUGAAUCAAUUGUUUCCCGGACGCUUCCCUUCCUCGUGUGAGCGAUAGGGCAUACGCCAUGAGCAACGGAGCGUCGACGGGGACGCUCACAUACACCCAAGCUUUUAGCCUGCGAGUUGCGCAGCUCGCGUUUGGAAUGUCGCAAGCCCUUAGCCUUCGGAAGCUGUCAGAGCUUAUGCAUGGCACAACGAGCCUGUCGCAACACACGAUAUGCUUGCUGGGCAAGAGCUACGGCGAUGCUGGGACAGGCGACCAGAGCAAAGCGCUCGACGCAGAGGCGCUGGAGGCUAUGCUAGGUGACUUCCGCUCACGAAUGUGGUGCACUUACCGGAAAGACUUCCCGGCGCUAGGCCCGUCGUUGCUGACGAGCGACGUGGGAUGGGGCUGCACACUCCGCAGUGGGCAGAUGCUGCUUGCAGAGGCCAUGAUGCGCGUUGCGCUGGGCCGCGACUGGCAGCGCUGCAGCGACAACCUGGAGGCGGUGCGGCCGGUGGUGGCGGCGCUGCUGGACUGCGCGGAGGCGCCGCUGUCCAUCCACCGCAUCUGUGACGCCGGCGGGCCCGCCGGGAUUGUGCCAGGCCGCUGGCUCGGGCCCUGGAUGCUGUGCAAGGGGCUGGAGGCGCUGUUCUCGCAGCUGGCCGGAGCGCAACAGGAGCCGCUGGGGUUGCGGCUGCACGUGGCGUGCGGCGCGGGCGGCGGCGCACCUGAGCUGCACAUGGACCUCAUCCGCGCUGCGAUGGCGCCCGCCGCCCAGUCAGCGGCGACGGCGGGGACAGGGAAAGCGGGCACGGGGAAGGGGUCCGGGGCAGGCGCGGACGAGGGCACAGGCGACAAGGUGGGGCUGGAGGCGGCAGCGGGCUGCAGCACGGGGUCAGCAGGGCCGCUGCGCUGCGAGCGCAGCAGGAGUCAAGUGGAGGAGGACGUGGGCGUGGCGUGCAAGCAGCCCGAGGGCUGUGGCUGUGCCAAACAGGAAGUUCCUGUGCGGGGGCUGCCAGCGGAUUUGGGCCUGGAAGCGCACGACUGUGGGCACCCGGGGCACACCGGCACUGGCGGAGACCGUCAAGUGACGGCAUCAGGGCCAGGUGGCCCAGACGAUGCAGGGCAGAGCUCGGCGCAGGGCCAUGGCGACCGCGAGGCCGUAGCGGGGAGUCGGCUACAAGGGCCUCAGCGCACGGAAGGCACAGUGGCGGCGGGGCAGUUCUGCUCUGAACCGUGUGGCUCCCCCACUGUGGCAGAUGCGGCAGUAGCGGCACCGGGCAGCGCGGGACGGGAAAUCGCGUCGGACACGGCGCCUGAGCAGGAGAGCGCCAGCAGCAGCACCGCCGCGAGCAGCUGCUGCGGGGAGGCCGAGGACGCCGCUGCUCACGGGCGGCGGUGUCGGGGUGUGGCCGCGGGCACGUGUGGGCGCGGCCACUCGUUGCUGCUGCUGGUGCCGCUGACACUGGGCAUGGACAAGAUCAACCCCGUCUAUAUCCCGCAGCUGCAGCAGGUCCUGUCCUGGCCGCAGAGCGUGGGCAUCGUGGGCGGCCGCCCCAGCGCCUCGCUGUACGUGUGCGGCGUGCAGGACGCGUCCUUCAUCUACCUCGACCCCCACGAGGCGCAGCUCGCAGUGCGCACACCAGCAGCAACAGCAGCAGCCACCGCGGCGGCGGCCGUUGCAGCACCUGCAGGGGGGGCAGCAGCAACCGUACGAGCAGCCGCAGGGGGAGGAGGAGCAGGAGCGGGAGGGCAAGGAGGGGGCGCGACGGCUUGGCCGCCUACCGGCUGGCUGGCUGCUCCGCAGCUAGGCACCUACUUCUGUGAUGUGGUGCGGGUGCUGCCCAGCGCGCAGCUGGACCCGUCUCUAGCGAUUGGCUUCGUAUGCACAAGCUCAGCCGAGCUGGAGGACCUGUUCGCGCGGCUGCAGGCGCUGGCCACACAGCACAGCUCCGCGCCGCUCAUGACGCUCACCACAGGCAGCGGCGCGGCAGUGGGCUGCGGCUCGGACGCGGACUUUACGGAUGACGUGCUGGAGGGCGGCACCGGCCAGCAGCAGCUGGACGAAUGGGAGCUGGUGUAGUAGGAUAUGCAGAGAGUGCUUGCCGAGUAGGUGUGAUAUUGGCAAUCGAACUGGUGCUGAUGUAGAGUAAAAAUUCUUUUGGUAUUGUCGGUUGUGAGGCAGGCGCCAGCCGAGCAAUCGUGUACAACGGUAGGUCCGUGCUAGGUCCACAGUUAGGAAAGCAUAAGGGGAGGCCCACCAGUGUGUGGGCUUUUGUUCCGGACUGGAGCGAGAUGCCGUGAUAUGCUUACAAGCAAAACUUUGGUUGCGGUCAGCUGUAUGAUAAGCCGUAUGUGGUUGCGGAAUAAUCAAUUGGCAUGUGGGCCGUCAGGCAUGUCAACAAUGGUAACAUGGGCGGCAUUUGCGAUAGCGGUAACUUAGACUUGGCGCUUGCAAUCCCCGAGGCGUUGUCGAGGAGCGCACCACGAGGGACACUGUAUUCUAGACUGCGGCCUACACGGUCACUUCACUUGUAGUAAAGCAGGCGGCGGUGCAAUGGGAACGUAGCUAAGAGUUCUGAACUUCGGGUGUUCAUGGCCGCUGCAUGUAGCAGGCAGGAUGCAAGGUCGGGUUGGCAAUUGUUGAAAGACUCAUCGGCGCCGUACAUCCGUGACUACUGGUCGGCGGGUAGGCCGGCCCAGCAUGUUCCCGAUUACCGGUGCGCCUGGAAAGCUUUGCCUUUCGCCUCCGUAGCCCUUGUUGCCUUUGCUUGCAACUAUCCGGCGGCAUGGCUCUGCCAUGGGAGAGGCACGCCGGACACGUCACCCUAACCUGCUGGCGGGGCGCUAUAACACUUCUCGUGUAGGUACAGUAAUGCCCAUUCGUGCAGUUACCCCCUUUGAAUCGUUCCCUAC